CAUUUACGGACAGAACAAACACCAUGAGUGAUAAUAUGUUGGUUAUUGAAAAUUUUAUAAAUGGGGAAUUUGUUCCUACAAAGUCACAUAUUGACAGUUUUGAUCCAUCAACAGGCUCAAUUUGGGCAAAGAUUCCUGACAGUGAUGAAACAGACGUAAAUAAAGCCGUAGAUGCAGCGAAGGAAGCUUUCCUAAAAUGGUCAUCAACACCAGUGCAGGAACGUUCACGAAUCAUGAUAAAAAUAGCAGACCGUUUAGAAUCACAACUACAGUCCUUUGCCGAGCAAGAAUCUCGUGAUCAAGGAAAACCAAUCUGGUUGGCUAAAGCUGUUGACAUACCUAGAGCUGUUCACAACCUGAGGACAUUUGCAACCAGUAUAUUACAUGAUACAAACAAGUCAUCAGUUAUGGAUGGAAUUGAUGCUUUUAAUUACACUAUCAAACAACCUGUGGGCGUCGCAGGUCUGAUCAGUCCUUGGAAUCUUCCAUUGUAUCUACUGACAUUUAAACUUGCCCCAGCCAUCGCAGCAGGAAACACAGUCGUUGCCAAACCAAGUGAAAUGACAUCAGUCACAGCAUGGAUGCUAGCUAAAAUUUUUAAUGAAUGUGGACUACCGCCUGGUGUAGUAAAUUUAGUAUUUGGUGUUGGACCUAAGGCAGGAGAAGCCAUUGUAAAGCACCCAGACAUUCCUUUAGUAUCAUUCACUGGUGGAACUGCUACAGCCAAACGUUUGAGGGCGUCUGCAGCACCAUUCUGUAAAAAGCUGUCAUUAGAGUUAGGAGGCAAGAAUCCAGCAGUGAUAUUCAACGAUGCAGAUUUAGACAAAUGUAUUCCUACAACAGUCAGGUCAAGUUUUAUAAACCAGGGAGAAAUCUGUUUGUGUACCAGUAGGAUUUAUGUACAGAGAGAGCUGUAUCCCAGAUUCCUCGAGAGAUUCUCUGAAGAAUCCAGGAAGCUAGUUGUUGGAGAUCCUAAAGAUGACAAGUCUAUCCUUGGUGCAUUGAUCAGUAAAGAACAUUUAGCAAAGGUUAAAGGUUAUGUAGAAGUGGCAGAAAAAGAGGGUGCAACAAUAUUAUGUGGAAAAGAGGAUAUGAAUUUACAGGAUCAAAAUAAACAGGGAUAUUUUAUGCGACCUACAAUAGUCACAGAUGUAUCUGAUGACUCUCGUUUGAUCAAGGAAGAAAUAUUUGGACCUGUUACCUGUGUAAUGCCAUUUGAUAAUGAGGAGGAAGUGAUACAGAGAGCUAACAAUGUCCAGUAUGGUCUGUGUGCAACUGUUUGGACAACAAAUGCAUCAGUAUUACAUAGAGUGUCUAGGUCAUUACAGGUUGGAACAGUAUGGGCUAAUUGCUGGCUAGUAAGAGAUCUGAAUAUGCCUUUUGGUGGAAUGAAGGAUUCUGGGAUUGGAAGAGAAGGCACAACAGAUUCAAUGGAGUUCUUUAUGGAACAGAAAAAUGUGUGUGUCAAACUGUGAACCACAAAAACUGUGUAUGUUAGAUUGUGAACCACAAAAAGUAGACAAGUUUGAAAAGCUUGAAAGUGAGAUGAACACACUUGUAUUCCUGUAUAUAUAACCUCAGAGAAGAAAAUCAAAAUUAUGUGAUAUGUAAAAAAUUUUUUUUUCCAAAUUCACAAGACACACUGUGAAUUCAUAAUAUUCGUAGGAAAAAAUUACUGUGACCAUACCUGCCAACCUCUGAAACCUUCAAAGAGGGAGAUCUCUCUCUCAGCUAUGACAGCUGAAGGGGAGAUUUUGCAUGAACGACAUUUUCAAGCUAAAUAUAUGACCUGUACACUUAUUCAUCUACAAAACACCAAUAAGAGUUAAUAAAUAUAUUUUAUUUCUUUAAUUCAUGGUUGUAAUCUAUACAAGGUGUAUUUUUUUCCUUGUUCCUUUUUCAAUACCUCCGAGUCUCAUAACUCACAACAUUCCAUAUUUUGAUUUUUUUGUGAGUCUCACACUAAGUAUGCUUUUGAACGUCGUACAGACCACCAGAAGCAACCUAAAGUUGAUUGAACAUAAUGUGCACAAUAAAUAUUCAUUGUGCCGAGUGAAUUUGGUCGUAAAAAUUGAAAUUUUUCAUCCAAUCUGCUUGACAUUUGCAGUUAUAUUUCUGCUUUUUUACACUGCCGCAUGGUCCAGAAAAAGACAUCUAUCUUCUUGUUGGAGUUGACAUAGCAGAAAUGGUUUUCGAUUACUAAUAAAUCAAACAUAGAAACUACUGACCAAAGUUUUCAAAUGAUCGCCAAUUGUUUGUUUCUUUUUAUUGACAGUAAAGAAAAAUCCCGAGAAAUACGAUCUCGGGUAAUUCCGGGUUAAAAUAUCUGAAAGCGAGAGAUUCUAUACUCCUGCGUGGAAGCGGACAGGCAAGCAGGAGAUUUCUGGAAUUUCGUCGUUUGCAAGGGAGACUCCCGCUCAAUACGGGAGGGUUGGCAGGUAUGUGUAAUUGUGAAUUCAGAAUUUAUUUCGAGGAUUUUUUUCAUGUGAAUAUGACUGGAUGAGUAUUGCAAUAAUAAGAACUCACAUUCUGUUAUCUGAUACAUAUAUCUGAGUGCAGAUUUUCUUGAAAUCGCAAAAAUUAAUCUCACAUUUUUGUCCUCUCGUGGAUAUUUAAUUUCAUGGUUUUGCCAAAGUUUACAUACAAGCCUAUAGAAAAUUUGAUCAUUUGAAUUCGUUGUUCACCUGUACCCACGAAAUACAGGAAAAUUGGUAUCAGUGUUAUAACAGGUAUAGGGUCAACAUGUUUUCUAUGUUGACAGCAUUUUGAGACAUGAGAUUAUUUGUUAUAACAAUUAAACAUUCCAAACUGA